CGCUACACAAGCAUCAAUCAAUUGAACUGCUGCAGUUCAGUUCACUUCACUUCAUUUCUGCUCUCUCUCUUGUUGGCAAAGCAGCAGACUACUAGUUGCAAGAGAAUAACAUCUCAGUAAGAUGCAAGUCCACGCGUCGCUAGCGCUGCUUGCUAGUCUGCUUUGCCUGUCGAUUUCUCUGACAACUUCAGCCAUGCCACAGUCAAUGUCUGAGGCUGAACAGAUGAAAUGGGAUCCCACCAGUGCAAGCGAAGCGUUACAAUUUUGCCAAAAUGUAGGUCUAGUAGGAAAGACACACACAAGUCGGAGCUUGCACAAAGCUUUCCGUCAACCGAGUGAAGACGGCAAAAUGAUUGCUACGGAUGCUCUCAAGUUUGAGAGUAAUGCACUAUCGAUGGCCAAGAAAAAAACAACAGUGAAGUCUUAUCUCGAUCUUGCGGGAGCGUUGGGUUCAGCCGACGUUGCGUACCUGCAUAAGACUGACCUUUUUGUGACCGGUGAAGUAGACUGCUCUCGUAUUCCGGACGUUGAUACGUUCCGUUCCUACAACGGCACUUGCAACAACUUGAGAUUCACCACGUGGGGAGCUCGAGAGGCUCCUCUUCUGCGCUUGCUGCCCUCUGCCUACGGAGGAAUGGGAUUCAAUGAGCCUGUGACAGAACGUAACGGGAAAUUGCUUCGAAGCGCUAGGGAAAUUAGCAAUGUUCUUCACAUUGACAAACCUGUCAACGACAAUGAUCACAGUUACCUAUUGAUGCAGUGGGGUCAGUUCUUGGAUCACGAUCUUGACUUAUCUCCCGAGUCACCUGAUGGAGAAGACUGUGCUCUAGAUUGUAACAAUGAGGAAUCGCCCUGUUUCAACAUCCCUGUGCCUGACAAUGAUCCCAUCUUUACUGGUGCAUUCGAUCGUGAAUGUAUUCCUUUUGUCCGAUCUGCUCCAACUGACCAACAGUGUGAAGGAUAUGUAUUCCCUCGUGAGCAGUUUAAUGAGAUCACAUCAUAUAUAGAUGCAUCCAAUGUUUAUGGGUCAGAUGAGGGUCUCGCUGACGAACUUCGUGCAUUUAGCAAUGGUCGUAUGAGGGUGUCCUUUGCCAACAACCUUCCUUUUGACUUCAGCUGUGUGAGGACAGAUACAUGUGCAUGCAGUGGUACAUUCCCCAUCUGUUUCAAAGCUGGUGACAUUCGAGUGUCGGAGCAGAUAUUCCUGUCUGUCAUGCACUCACUGUGGGUGCGAGAACAUAAUCGCAUCGUGGGUGUGAUAAAGCGAUUGAAUCCAGGAUGGACAGAUGAAAGACUCUACCAGGAGACACGGAAAAUCAUAGGUGCUCUGCAUCAGAAAAUAGUGUACACCGAAUAUCUUCCAGAGCUCCUAGGACGGUUUGUAUUUGCACGAAUUGUACCAAAGUAUCGUGGCUAUGAUGAGUUCGUGAAUGGUGGAAUUCUAAAUGAGUUUUCCACGGCUGCAUUUCGUCAAGGUCACAGCCAGUUGCGAAAUAACUUAGCUCGUCUUAGAGAUGACUACUCUACUAUUGAUGAAAUUACUUUCAGACAAGCCUUCUUCCAACCUGGACAUUAUAUUUUUGAACAAGGCAACCCUCAGAAUGCGUUCACUGAUAACUUCCGGCCAUUCGUGCUUGGUCUCCUUAACCGAAAUUCACAACAAGUUGAUCGAUUUGUGUCUGAAGAGCUCACAAACCACUUGUUUGAACCAGUUGAUGAUGCCGGAAGACCAACAGGUCCUGGUCUUGAUCUGGCAGCCUUAAACAUUCAACGAAGUCGCGAUCAUGGCUUGCAAGCAUAUACAGCAUAUGCUGCAUUUGCUGUGACCAGGCUGUGUGAAUUAGGUGUUCCAAUACCAAACCCCGUUAUAAGUAAGGAAAACAUGGACUUGAUUUUAAGAGUCUAUACCUCAAUUGACCAGUGCGAUCUGUGGGUGUGCGGUAUAAUGGAGACAGCACUUGACCUGGCAUUGCCCAGUUCACAACACACUGGAGGGCAACUAGGACCAACCUUUUCCAUCAUCAUUUCUUCACAAUUCAUUCGUGCUCGCGAUGGUGAUAGGUUCUACUAUGAAAAUCCAGGUGUUUUCACUGAAACACAGUUGGCUGCCAUCAACAGAGUGACAAUAUCCUCAGUGCUUUGUUUCAAUGCAAAAAUGCCCACUAUUCAGCCUGCAGGGUUCCGUACACCAAUAAAUGGAAAUGAACGAAUCACAUGUGCCAAAGUGACAGAGAAUAACUGCUUGGAUAUUUCACCUUGGAGCGAGCAUUCAUGUGAAGACCGAUGGAGUGAAUACUUCUGCACACUGUUCAAGCUCAUUGGUGGAUGUUAUUCAACCCACUAUCAAUCCACUCUGCAUGUGAGUUCUUUCUGCCCCAAAACGUGUGGGCUCUGCACUCCAAAGAAGAUCUGCUUUUAAAGACUAGUGUCGUGGCAGUUAGUGACUUGGUGUUAGUGUCUGGGCAUCAUAGUAUGCUCUGUGUGUGUUGUGGACAGACUCCAGUUUGUCUGUAUGUGUGCACUUGCUGGUGUUUGGUUGUUGAGAAAUGUCUCACUGAUAAUUGACAGAUGGAUGUGUGCACAACUGAAUGUCUACACAAUUAUUGUUCUGUAUUGAGUGUAGCUGCUGACAAAUACAAAUAAACGCAAUUCAUUCUUGCACAAGUUGAA